GUUUAUUUUCAAAAACGGUUUGUUUACGUUUAUGUGAUUGCACCGCAGCAUAAUCGGCAUCGGUUGGAUGCAUCCAGUUUCAUAACAAAAUCUUUUAUUAAAUGCGAUAAAAUAUGUUAAAACUAGUGUUAAGUCUCUUUGUGCUAACAGCUUUAGGUUUGGGGAUAACUUCAGCUGCAACGAUCAACUACUUAUUGCCGGAUGGCGUCAUCCAGUACAAACCGGACCGGUCCAACAUCUACCGGCCGGGUUUGCGAACGUACUGCUACCGCGGCAAGGAGAAACAGCUGAUGCAUAUGUUCGAGACGGUUUUCCUGAACUUCGAGUGCGAUCACGAUGACUUCAGUCAGUACGAGGGCGGAACCCCGGAGGAAGUGCGGGCCCACCACGAAACGGAGCAGAGUCUGUUCUCGUUCAACCUGUUGUCGAAUAGUCGCAAAAAGGUAAUUAAAAUGGACCCAUUCAAUCAGAGCUGCAUCGGGGUGGUCUCCGGGGACGAGUACACGGUCCGACUGAACUUGAUCCGGAUCGACUUCUGGCGGAUGAUCAUGCUGGCCGUGGGGGUGUUCGUGUUCUUGUCGUCGGCCAAGUUGAGUGACAAUGCGCUGUUUUAUUACAUUUGUGGCAUUUUCCUGGGGGUGUUUGCGAGUUUCCUGGUGGUGGUCUACAUGGCCAGUAAGUUGUUUCCCCGGAAGCCGAUGAUGUACGGAGUGAUGCUGGGAGGCUGGACCUUGGGAAUUUACUUCGCCCAGAUGUUGAUGGACAAUCUGCGAUUGAUUUUUGUAACGUACCAGGUGUACGUGUUUUGGUAUAUUCUGACCACGGGUUUCAUCAGCUUCGUUAUCUGCUAUCGGAUGGGACCACCGAAGAAUCAACGCAGCAAGGAUCUCAUCAAGUGGAGCUUGCAGUUGGCUGCACUGGGGGCAGUUUUCUUCUCAUCCGCCUAUCGGGAAGCAACUACUGGACUAUGUAUCGCAAUGUUAGUAUUUUACUAUUUUCCUAGAAGUGUUCUAUUGCGGAUUAGAUCAUUCUAUCGACGACGUUUUCCACCAAAGCGUCGUUUCCUGACGAAUGAAGAGUACUACGAACAGGGAGUACGGGAAACUACCAAGGCUCUUGACGAAUUGCGAGCUUAUUGCAACAGCCCUGACUGUAAACAAUGGAGCACGGUCUUGAAACUGCGAGAUCCUUCUCGCUUCGCCUCUUUCAUGGAAGGUACAUCCCAUUUGAUGGACGACGAAAUCCUCGAGUACGAGACAUCCAACGCCAAUCAGGAAAUUAGUGACGACGAGGAGGACGGGGAAAAGGGACAGGGCGAUUCGCCACACAUCCUAUCUGACGAUCAUUCUGACGAAGAAGAAGAGACGGAAAGACCACAGGCUCGCGUGACCCCAUCGCGAGGACCAACCAACUACAGGAAGUUCGCUCAACAACGAUCCAUGGUCCAGAAUGGACGAAGCCUGGCCAGUACCAGCACACCGACGAAUACCUCGGUGAGAAUGCUGAAUGGGAACCGCAGCAGUCGCAGCCGGAGCAGACAACCGGCGCCAUCUGCUCCUCCGCCAAACGAUUAUGAGUUCAGUGAAGAUGAAGAGUGAUAUCGAUGAGGAAGAAGCAUCGCAGGGUUAUUUAUGAAUACAUAGGAACUUUUUUUUCUCCAAGUAAGGCUUUUUUUGUAAAUAAGUUUUUCGUUCCGCUGCUUUUCUGAUUUCUUUCUUGCCUAGUUUUGUUCAAAUUCAACCACUCGCUGUCGCUACUCGAACUUAACCAAACGUAGAUAUAGAUUUAAGGCAUUCAUUCGAAAUGUGCUGCGUGUUCUCUCUUAACGAUAAUCUAGUUUCGAAGCUCGAAGGAAGCACAGAAGCACUUUUGAGAUCUUGAUACUAAUAGGAGCUUUUGGAAUAGAGCUAACGUACGUUUUGUAAAUUGUAACAGUUUGUGUUAGUAUUAUUUCCUACAAACGUGUCCGAUAUCCUUCCAUAAAUUGAGAUACAUUUCAUAAAAAUUAGGUAAUUUAUAAUAAUGAAUUUUUGAUAACUCGUAAAAAUUACUUAAAUGAAAAAGAUCCUUAUUGUGAAAAAUGA